AUGGCAGCAGAGCCGCCGUCCAGCCUCUCCUACCGCACCACGGGCUCCACCUGCCUGCACCCGCUCAGCGAGCUCCUGGGCAUCCCUCUGGACCAGGUGAAUUUUGUGGCAUGCCAGGUCUUUGCUCUGUUUGCUGCGUUGUGGUUUCGCAUCUACUUAAGUCCUGGUAAAACCAGUCCCAAUGUCCGGCACGCAUUUGUCACCAUUUUUGGCAUCUAUUUUGUCAUCUUUUGUUUUGGCUGGUACUCCAUACACCUUUUUGUGCUGGUGUUAAUGUGCUACGGGAUCAUGGUCACCGCAAACGUAUCCAGUAUUCACAGAUACUCCUUUUUUGUAGCAAUGGGAUACCUUACAAUAUGUCACAUCAGCCGCAUAUACAUUUUCCACUAUGGAAUCCUCACUACGGAUUUCUCUGGGCCUCUGAUGAUUGUCACACAGAAGAUCACGACCUUGGCAUUCCAAGUUCAUGAUGGAUUAGGUCGAAGAGCUGAAGACCUCUCUGCUGAGCAACAUCGACUUGCUGUGAAAGUAAAACCCUCUUUUUUGCAAUACUUAAGCUACCUUCUCAACUUCAUGAGUGUCAUAGCUGGCCCUUGCAACAAUUUCAAGGAUUAUAUAGCCUUUAUUGAGGGGAGACACAUACACACGAAGUUGCUGGAAGUGAACUGGAAGCAGAGAGGUUUCCACAGCCUACCAGAGCCUUCUCCCACUAGAGCUGUGAAACACAAGCUGUGCAUGACCUUGGUGUCUCUCCUCCUGUUUUUGACGCUCACGAAGUCCUUCCCUGUCACCUGCCUGGUCGAUGACUGGUUUGUUCAUAAAGCAAACUUUCUGACUCGACUCUGCUACUUAUAUAUUGUCAUGCAAGCCUCAAAGCCCAAGUAUUACUUUGCCUGGACAUUAGCAGACGCCGUGAAUAAUGCAGCUGGCUUUGGGUUCAGCGGAGUGGAUAAGAAUGGAAAUUUCUGUUGGGAUCUGCUUUCUAACCUAAACAUCUGGAAAAUUGAGACUGCCACAAGUUUCAAAAUGUACUUAGAAAACUGGAAUAUUCAGACAGCUACUUGGCUGAAGCGAGUAUGCUAUGAACGGGUUCCAUGGUACCCCACGGUGCUAACCUUUGUCUUGUCUGCCUUGUGGCAUGGUGUCUAUCCUGGAUACUAUUUUACCUUCUUAACUGGAAUCCUCAUCACAGUAGCAGCCAGAACGGUGAGGAACAACUACAGAUGUUACUUCCUUUCCUCAAGAGCCCUCAAGGUUGUGUAUGAUGUGGUCACCUGGGCAGUCACUCAGCUGGCUGUCUCUUACACUGUUGCACCCUUUGUCAUGUUGGCAGUUGAGCCAACCAUCAGCUUAUACAAGUCCAUGUAUUUUUAUUUACACAUCAUAAGUCUCCUGAUAAUACUCUUUCUGCCAAUCAAACCACACGCUCAUACCCAGAGGCAGCCUCAGACUCUGAACUCCGUUAAUAAGAAAAAAAAAAGACUGAUACCUCCAAGGAAGCUGAGCAGUGCAGGGAGUAUUUUAUAAAGCCUUUUCUAUGAUUAAGUCAGCCAUGUCCAGUUGAUUUAAUAUUGCCGAGGACAUUUGAGUGGUGUGGAGGAAUGUGGAGACUGUGCUGGUGUUGCAGAGACCAUCCAUUCUGGGCUGCUGGGUCUUUGCUUUUCUGGCAUGAUUUCCAGCCACUGGAACCCGGGCACCUGCUCCAGAAGGCAGAAGGUGGUUGCUGACGGAGCUUGUCUUCCCGAACAUACCCAGACACAGUUGUUCUUGGGGAAGCCCCAGACCCGUUGACCACAGCGACUACACAGAAGACCAUGGAGGAGAGGGAUCCUGCAAAAAGGACCCCGGAGGACUUGCCGUGAACACUUGAAUGGACUGAAAGUCAGGCAUGCCCUGAAGUAGGCUGCAUUUUUUCCCCCAGGGAUAUGACUCUUCCCUUUUUUCUUUGAACUGAGCCAAGAUCGGAAAUCAGAAAGUCUCCUGUGCACGUACCCCAGGAGUCUAGGAAGGGCUACGGUUUUCCAUUUCACAUGCGCCAUCUGCCUUGCCCAGGGAUGGCCCUGAGAAAACACCCAAAUGUUUGCACCAUCAGAGGCAGCAGAAUGUCUUUUAAAUAAUUUUUUUAAAGUAAAUUUAUAUAGGAGCUUGGUAAGAAGCAACAUUUUUCUCUUUGCUCCCUCCAUUUCAUAGAGGGGUGAAUGAUCAUGGCUAUGAUGCACACAUGGGCUGAUUUUCACUUUUCUGAUUUUGCAGCUGAUGAAACCUGUUUUAGUUGAAUCAUCAUAUUGGAAAGCAGACAUUGAAGAUGAUUUUCUAUCUUUGUUAUGAAUGUGCUGUGGUUCCUUUCAGGGACUUCUAUUGGGUGAUAAUUCUAUUUGGCAGAAGGAGACAUGGUAUUAAAUGUGCAAAAUAAUAAUGAUGAUGCUGAUAAUUGUAUGGUACAAUGGUGUGCCCUCAAAUAAAUGCCUUGGGAGGAGAGAAUUUCUUCAAAUCAG